GCGGCGGGUCUGAGCUGCUGGGCUGCUGCGGCGGCCGAGGAGCCGGAGUGGGGCGUCGGCGGGGACGAAGGCCGGGCCCCGCGUGGCGAUCUUGGGUCCCGCCACUGCCGCAACGUAUCCGGAGGGCGGCCCGGGCGCUUUCCACAGCGCGCGCCUGUCCGCGCGCGGCCCCGAUGCUGGACAUGAGCGAGUCCCGUGCCCAGCCGCCCUGCAGCCCGUCCGGCACCGCCAGCUCCAUGUCGCACGUGGAGGACUCGGAUUCGGACGCGCCGCCGUCUCCCGCGGGCUCCGAGGGCCUGGGUCGCGCGGCGGGCGCGGGGAGCGGCGGCCGGGGCGACGCAGCCGAGGCAGCGGACGAGCGCUUCCCGGCCUGCAUCCGCGACGCGGUGUCACAGGUGCUUAAGGGUUACGACUGGAGCCUGGUGCCCAUGCCCGUGCGCGGUGGCGGCGGCGGAGCGCUCAAGGCCAAGCCGCACGUGAAACGGCCCAUGAACGCCUUCAUGGUGUGGGCGCAGGCGGCGCGCCGCAAGCUGGCGGACCAGUACCCGCACCUGCACAACGCAGAGCUCAGCAAGACGCUGGGCAAGCUGUGGCGCUUGCUGAGUGAGAGCGAGAAGCGUCCCUUUGUGGAGGAGGCAGAAAGGCUCCGGGUCCAGCACAAGAAGGACCACCCGGACUACAAGUACCAGCCUCGGCGGAGAAAGAGCGUGAAGACUGGCCAGAGCGACUCUGACUCAGGGGCCGAGCUGGGCCACCACCCUGGUGGCACCAUGUACAAGGCUGAUGGGGGCCUCCACGGUGACACGCACCACCACAGUGACCACACAGGCCAGACCCACGGGCCGCCCACCCCGCCCACCACCCCCAAGACGGACCAACACCACCCUGCAGGCGGGGGCAAACAGGAGCUGAAGCCGGAAGGGCGCCGUCUGGUGGACAGCGGGCGCCAGAACAUUGACUUCAGCAACGUGGACAUCUCCGAGCUCAGUAGUGAGGUCAUUAGCAACAUGGACACCUUCGAUGUCCAUGAGUUCGACCAGUAUCUGCCUCUCAAUGGCCACUCGACCCUGCCAGCAGAGCCCAACCAGGCUGCUGCUGCUGGCUCCUAUGGGGGCACCUCCUACUCCCACUCUGGGGCCAGUGUCGGGGCAUCCCCAGUGUGGGCUCACAAGGGAGCCCCAUCAGCCUCAGCGUCACCCACCGAGGCUGGACCCCCGCGGCCACACAUCAAGACGGAGCAGCUGAGCCCCGGCCACUAUGGUGACCAGCCACAUGGCUCCCCAGGUCGCUCCGACUACAGCUCCUACAGCGCCCAGGCCAGUGUCACCACGGCUGCCCCUGCUGCGGCUGCCAGCUCCUUUGGGAGCGCGCAGUGUGACUACACCGACCUGCAGGCCUCUAACUACUACAGCCCCUAUGCCAGCUACCCACCCAGCCUCUACCAGUACCCCUACUUCCACUCCUCACGCCGGCCCUACGCCUCGCCUCUGCUCAACGGCCUCUCUGUGCCGCCGGCCCACAGCCCCAGUGGCAGCUGGGACCAGCCCGUGUACACCACCCUGACCAGGCCCUGAGGGCGUGUGUGUGGGGACUUGGCCUGGCAUCAGACAGCCGGGUCCCUGGGCACCCUGGAAGGCCUGUGCCAGUCAGCAGCAGCGGGUGACGUGGCCACGCUCAGGUGCCUGUGAGGGUGGAAGCCAAGCUUCGUCACAGGACGCCCUUUGCCUCCGACCUCCACACUGCUGCCGAUGGACGCGGCUAAUCUCUCCGAGCACGGACAGCGUCUGUUUGGUCCCCUUCCGUGAAGACUUGUGGACAGAGCGCCUGGCUUGGGAACCCAGGACAGGAGGGAAGGGGCCUGAGGUCUCCGGACUGUCCCUCAUGGAGAGCCCCCUGGGACCAUGGGAUGUGUUCCUGCGGUGGCCACGUGUCCUGACACUUGGGAGUGCACCCCCUCAGCUGUCUCUUGGGACCAGCCUGUAGCUGAAGGUGUUCCUUGUAGUCAGAGUUCUUCCCAGCAAGGUUUGGCUGUGACGAACACUUCUCUCUUUGUGUUUAAUUUUUUCAGUGAUUUUUAUUUUUAAAGCUUAAACUUGUUUGUUUUCAAAGCUGUUAAGGAUGUAUUUAUGUUCUGUAUUAUUUUAUCUUUAAUUAAUGAGGUGAUGUGUGCAGAGAGUAGAACUUAAGACGACAGGAAAGCCAGGAAGCUUUGCGCGAGGGGGCAGGAGGGAGGUGCGGCGCUCGGCAGCUUUGGGAGGCCUCCUGGGAGGGCCUGAGCUGCAGAGGCUGGUGGGCCUGGGCCACGGAGGGAGGGAUGAGCUGCCUUGUGGGGCUGGUCAGAGUGGAUGGCCCUGGCUGGCAUCAGGUCGGCCGGGACGGCAGGGCGUUGUCCCUGCCUGCAGCUGUGCCAAGUGGUACGACAGAAAUUCCCUGGAAGUGGCAGAACCGGGACAAUCUUGGCUCUGAGGCCCUGGUGCCACCUACCAAGCUGUGAAACUAACCCUCCACUAAAAGUCUUCCGGGUGCCUAGCUGUAGAGACUGGACCUGAUUCGCCACCCUGCUUCCGCUGUGUGCCGAGCAUAUAACUGUCUACUUCAUGGAAACUUGUGCCUUUGAAACUUUGUAAAGUCGAGAAGUUGCUUCUUUUUACUUUUUCUACUUUUCCUACUUUUUUCUAGAAAAAAAAAUUGUGGGUCUU